CGGGCUGAGAUAAAAUGAGGCCAGCACGAAACAUUCGCGUUUAUGUCCGCAACAAAAGUAGAUAUAACCCAGAAACUGGGGAGCGCAACUUCCUUUUUGUAGAUAUAAAUGAUUUUGCAGGAACAACGAUAGGAGAUGUGAAAGAGAAUGUAAGGAGACAAUGUAGGGGUGCAGUUAGGAUUGAUGAAUUGUUCCUGGAUAACCAGUCUCUGGCUGACGACAGGUCAGUAGCUCACUAUAACCUUGAAGAUGAAUGUAUCCUGGAGACAACAUCAAACCCAUUCUGGGUUACAUGUCUGUAUAUCAAGGCCUCGGAGGUGAAGCAGGAAAUGGAAGGGAAUCCUAAUGACAAACAAGUACAGAGCUGGACUCAGAAAUCUCUCCCAAAGAAGUACACACUGAUUGGUCUACUACUUAAUGCUAAAAAUGAGUAUGGAAGGCAGCCUCCACAUUUUGCAACGCUAGAUGAAUUUGCUGUCUAUCUCGAGAGACUUGACAAGAAAGGGGCCACCAUGCACCCUGAAUACACCCAGAAGGACCUGCGGGCAUUUGAGAGGGAGUAUAGACAGGAGUUUGUAGGGAGAUAUGAUGACCCAAUUGCUGCAUUCAUAGACCAUCAUGCUGUCAGACUGGGGCAUGCUCUUCCUGAUGAAAUAGAACAAAGACCACUAGAUAGACCAAAUAUAAUGCCAAGACAUGUUGAACACAGAGAUAACAAUGUUGUUGCAAGACCAAGAGGUGGUGGCAGAAAAAAGCAGGAGAAAUAUUGUGAUGAUUGUGAGGAGGCUCUGGCAGAGGUUUACUGCGCAGAAUGUCAAGGAGGCCUUGCUAUGUGUAGAAGAUGUUCUAACUUACUACAUGCUGGUGCCUCAAGGAGAAGACAUAACUUACAAGAUAUCGAACAAGCCCCUACAAAUACUGGCAAGCCGUAUGUUCCAAGGGCUUUCUUGGCACCAUUCUCUAUAGUCCUGGCUAUGUACAGUGCAUUAACAAGUGAGUCAAGGUUGAGUCUGACAGAAGAUGAAAUAAAAAGACGAGCGCAGCCACUGACUGACACAGACUUACAAGAUAAACAAGCUGGGAAGUACGUAGGAGGGUUUGACUGUAUGGAGAAUAUGCUGAUGAAUAAAGGCCUAGUGAAGAAAGAAGCUGCCAGGAAUCCUACGUAUUCACUGUCAGCAAGUGGUCAGGUAUUAGGACAGAGGCUGUUCAUAUUCUACACACAGUUUUACAGGUUUAUGGAGUCAUGUAGACUGCCAAAGGUCCAAAACACUGCGAGGAAUGGAGUGAUAAACAACAGAAAGUUGUGUUUGAUCAUUGAUGACAAUGAGAGGGACAAGCAGAGGUUGUUGAGAUACGCUGCAGAAAAGAAUAUCGAUGCCCAGGUUCGACUCUUACCUGCAGGAGACUAUAUAUGGAUCCUCACACCACCCAUGGUGAACCCUCAAGCCAGUUAUACAGACAAAGACUAUGGAAAUGAACUGGUGCUGCCAUUUGUUGUUGAGAGGAAGAGCUGGGAAGACUUCGAGAACACAACAAACAGUGCAAGGUUCAAACGGCAGAUCAAUAAUAUGCUGGGCAGUGGUCUGACCAAUUGUUUCUAUUUGAUGGAGGGUGGUACAUCGGGACUAAGAAAUAACCCCACCCAGCAUCACCAACAGUAUCUCAAGGGUUUAUUAGAGAAAUUAAUGACAGAGAAUGGUUUCUAUGUGAACUAUACAUCAUCGUGGAUGAAGUCAGCUCAGUGGCUAUUCUGGUUUACUGGAUUCCUAAUUGAUGGUUGCAGAACAGGUUCAUUUGAGGAUGAGUGUAUUUCCUAUCAGGAGUAUAUGUCUAGAGCUGCCAGACAAAGAGGGAAUACUGUGGUAAAUCCUGUGUUCAGAAAUGUCAAUAGAACUACACAUACCUGGAAAGCUCAGCUCUUUGUUGAUCAUAUAAUCAGAGACAGUCAGAGGGAGAGGGCAAUGAUCACUACUGUAAGAGAAGAUCUGGGUGCAGCAAACAGAAACAGCAAGCACCUGCUGGUCAUACAGGAUCUUGAACAGUAUAACAAGAGAAGACAGUCAGCACUGAACAAAUGCUGUGAAGCUGUGCAUGCCAACCCUGAUCAGGCUAGAGAUAUUGUACAAGAGAAGAUAGGACCAGUUGUCCAUAACAUGUUACAUUAUGACAUAGCCUCGUAUUGGCAGCUUUAUAUGCAGGUAAUGACAGGUGUAUAUGUAGUGAGGACAGAGACAAGCCAGGACACAGAGAAGAUACAUAGAAUAUUUACAUCUACACCAGUAGCUGUAACAACCCCAGAAGAAUAUAGAGCACCUGUACCUAAAUCAACACACAGAAGAUCUACAAAUCCAAAGAAAUCAUCAAAGACUGCCACAAUCACUUCUGCUGUAGGUCAGGGACAUGUAACAAAUGAACCUCCCCAGUUUGAUCAUGGUCUCCUUCCUAGAGUAAGACACCUUUCAGGACCACAUGUGAGUAAUCAGGACAAUGAUUUUGACAAUCUUAACACGCCUCAUGUCCAUAGAAGAGCAGACAUUCAUUCCAUAUAUUCACAAGUGAAUAUUACUUCACCCUUUCAUCGUAAUGAGGAAAGUAAGGAAGAGGAACAUUCUACUGCAGGUCAUGUGAUAAAAAGAGGCAGACGUCUGUCGAACAGUGAUCUUGGUGGCCAAACAGUGCAACCAUCACCAGAGAAACCAGUGAUACAACCAUUUUCUGGUCAAGGGUACUGCCUCGGAACAAGGUCUGCUGAAAAACACGAAUCACCUAAACAUACACAAGAUAAAAGCAUAAAUGCUCAAGAUAAAAGCAUAAAAGCUGUACAAAACACCAGAAUAAGUAGCCCUGCUGGCCUUGGUAGAGCUGAGCCAAGGUUGGUGGGAGGUAUGUGGAACAGCACAAAUAAUCCACAGGGAGGAAGAAGGAAGAGCAGUUCAGAUGAUGAUGAGCCUGAGGGAGACAUGCAUGAUAUAGACCAAUCUCUUCAUCAUACAGACUUUGUGAACUCACAAAAUGAAGAAGACAUUAUUGGGGAGAUUUUGGCAAAGAGUGCUGCAGAAGCCAGUACAGUGUCAAAUGAAGACGAAAUGUUGAAAUUGGCAGUAGAAAUAAGUAAACAGAAUUCCAGAAAUAAGACCAAUGCUGGAAAUGAAUUGACUGAUGAUGAACAACUCAAGUUAGCAUUAGAAAUGAGUAAAACAUCUCAUAAACCUCCGAUAGAGAAAGAAGAAGUAAGUUCCAUACCAGGAAAGGCAAGUUUAGAUCUACAUGAAAAGAGCAGUGUUGUAAAUUUGUCUGAAGAAGAGCAGUUAAAUCAUGUCUUACAGAUUAGUAAAGUUGAAACAGGACAAUUACAAAAGAAAAUUGACAUACCAGCAUCAAACAAGAUUGAAGUAGACAUUGAGAAAAAUGAUGAUGACAAAAUGUUUAAACUUGCUCUUGAAAUGAGUAGAAAAGAAGGUAAUAGAUUACAUAGAAAUAAAGAAAAUGAAAUGCCUUCAGAUGUUGAUAAGGAAGAUGUGAUUUUGAUACCUGGUACAGAAGAGGAUCAAGUGAAAUUAGCUUUGGAAAUGAGUAGAAAAGAAACACUCAAAAAUAAUAUAAAUGAUCCUCAAAUAGAUAGACCUGAUAAAGUGAAUAGAAUCCCUUGUAAGAGAAAGAAUGAUGAAUCUGAAAAAUGUGCUGAUAGAAAAUUUAGAGUAGAUAUUCAUGAGAAUUUAUCUGAGGAAGAACAGUUGAAAUUAGCGAUGGAGUUAAGCAUUUCUCAGAUAGCAGAAGAAAAUGAAAAUUCAAAUAUGAAAGCUAGUGUUAGAAGUAGAAUUUAUGAAAGUUUUGGUAAGUCUCUCCAUUUUAGGAAAGAGGUUGAAGAAUCUAACAAAGGGAUUAGCCCAUUUAAGAAAACUAAACUGGAAAGUGAUAAUGAACCAGUUAGAAGCAUUGAAAGGGAAGGCAGAGGUAUUCAUGGUAAUUGUGGAAUAUCAGUUUAUGACGAAAAUAAAAAUCUGAAAGUUGCAAUAGAGAGAAGUAAAGUUGAACAUAGUCCAGUAAAGAAAGUUAAAGUAGGGAAAAUGUUUCUAGAUGAGGACGAAAUGAUUAAUAUUGCAAUUGAAAGAAGUAAGGUUGAGCAUAGUCCACUGAAGAAGAGUGUGGCUAAUCCUUCAGAAGAAUGUGUUGGUGAUAAUACUGACAAUGUUGAGGUGAUUGAAAUAAACUCACAAAAUUCUCAAGAAGGAGAUGAUUAUGAAAAUUGUAGUGGUGACUUGAUCAGCUCUGUUGAUGCUUCUUUACAAAAGGACAUUUCAGAUAAUAGUUCGAAGUUGGAAGAAAGUGCAAGAACAUAUCACAUUGAUAUAAAUGAUCCCACACACCGUUGUACUACUGCUGGGACUUGCAUUGAGCUGGGAACACCUUUAAGUAAGGCUAAAACUGGUCUGUCUCCAAAAAUAGACAUAAGUCAUUAUUGUGCUGGUGAUAAUAACACUACUGAAGAUGAAGGUGAUAUGGAGGACAGUGACUAUAUUCCUCCAUCACCAGGGAGAACUAGUUUUUCAGGUAAUGGUUCCCUCUCACAGUCAUUCUUUUCUAAAACGCCAGAAAAUCUAAGUCAGAAAAAUAUAACUUUGUGUAAACCAGCAAGAAAUUUGUAUGAUGAAGCAUUGCCAGAUGGGCAGUCAAAAUACAAAGUCUCAAAAACUGAUGCAUCUUGUCUUCAGAAUGAUUUAACAGUAUAUGGUAACUGUGCUAGAAAAAUGGAAAAUGAAACAGAUGAUUUGGAGAGCUCUUAUGAAAAAUUGAAAGAAUCUGUAGGUAAAAAUAAGAAAUUUAAUAUAAAGGCAAGUUUAUUUUAUGAUAGCAGUGAUUCAGAAAGUGGAAGCGAAGAUGAUAUAUUUAGGGACUUGGAUGCAGCUGAUGAUGAUGGUGAUGGUGAUGAUGGUUGUGGAGAUAAUGAAAAUCUUUCCAAGAAAAACUUUCAUAAUGAGUUUGAAGAAAAUGCUGACACUGAAAAUAAAUUUGAAAAAAGAAAGAAAGAUGAUGCUCUGUUUGACAGUGGUGAAUCCAAACUGGGAAAAAACAUGAAAGAGGUGAAGAAUAAUGUCAAAUUCAAUGAGACUGCAUACAGAGAAAAUCAUGUAGAUUCUAAGAAAGACAAAACAAUGGACCAAUUUAGUGUAACCAGUGGAAGAGUAGAACCUGAAAAUGAUAAAGAGAUGUUUGAAGCAGAUCAAAAUCCUGAAGAUGAUUAUCUGGACUUUGAUGAUGAUAAUGACAUUGACUAUCAACCAGACUCACAAGACAUGAAAAUGGACAGUGAAAGUGAAUCUGGGGAUAAUGACUGUAGUGAUUUAGAGGAAAAUUCUCAAGAAAGAAAUGAUUUGGAUUUACUUCCUUUGAUAAGGAGACCAAGAAAAAUUCGAUAUAGACAAUUGAAAGAAGAAAGUGAAAGUUUAUAUGAACAAAAAAGAAAAGAAAAAGAGUUAAAUGAGUUAAAUAGUGAAAUUUUAGUAAAGACUGAAGUUGGCAGUGAUCAGGAGGGAAGUGAAUUAACAGCAGAUGAAAUAUUUGCUAGACAAGUUCAGGAAGAACUUGAUAGAGAGGCAAAACAACAAGAGGAGGAACAAGCAUUAAUAGAUGAUGCUUAUAUUGCCCGACAAUUGCAUGAGACAUUGAACAAAGAACCUCCACCAAGUCAUCCAGGAGAGCAAAUGGAUAAUCAACAAAAACUGAAAAAUCAAAUGAAUAAUAGUGAAAGAACCAAAGAGGCCGAUGUUACUCAAGCAUGUAGAGGUCAAAACCAGGAAACCUCAAGCAGUUUCAUACCUGAUAAAGCAACAAAUGUUGAUACAGAAUUUGCUACCAGCAGUGGUAACCCUGAAGCACUGGUUAGAGAGUUACAAAGGAGAGAAUUGGAGAAGAUUGAAAGAUGGAGAAAGAUGUUGGUGGAAGAUGAGAAAUUGGCCAGAGGAAUGCAGGAGAUGCAAGACUAUAAGACAGAAGAAGAGAUAGGUGGUGAGAGGAAAAUCGAGAGUAAUGUUUCCAGACAAGUAGAACCAAGCUUCAAGCAAAUGGUUGCCCAGCACAAGGCUAGCAAAGAGAAAGCCAUUGCUCAGUUGCAGGAAUACAGGGAUCUUCAGAUGAGAAGGUUUCAGGAAGCACAUGGUGGACCACUGAACAGUAUUACAUCCAGACAAAGUGACAAUAGCAGGAACUUUGACAAUAAUGAUGUGAUUAUUGUGGAUGAGCCUCAGGACUUUGCUGUACCAAGGACAAACAGGACACCUUACAGAGAUACAAGACCAGAUGUGAAUCCACAAGAAACUAGGACAAUGUUAAAUAGAGAUAAUCAUAAUAUUGUAACUGAAAGUCAGUCUGCCAUAUAUAAUCCUAAUAUAAACCAUUCAUUUUAUAAUGAUCAUAUGAAUCAACCUAGCCAAUCAAAGCCUUCUGUGGGAAAUCAAAUCAACCAAUCACAGGCUUUCAGUGGAGAUCACAUGACACAGAGUAGCCAGUCACAGUCUGUUGUAAUAAAACAUUCAAAUGUCACUUGUGGAAACUGUGGAGAGAAAGGACAUAAUAGGACAUUCCCGAAAUGUUCCAAAUAUCACACUGCAGAAGAAAGUGCCAGGAGAGAGGCCAAGUUGGAGAAACAGAGGCUACAAAAGGAAGAGAAAAAGAAACAAGAGGUGGAAACAAUACAUAUGUUGUCUGAGCACAGGAGAGUGUUAGAGGAGAUGACUUCUCAGAUACAGCAAGAGAUGGGCACCAUCCAGAACCGGUUACAACAGCGGGCAUCCGAGCUAGAAUCUCAGGUCAGCACCAGGGUCAGGAAAAUAGAAAAUGCCCACAAAAAGAAAAAGCGAUGACUUGUAGUGUGAGCUUUACAUAAAACAGACUUAGUGACAGUGUAUGUUAUGUUGUGUGUUCAGUACAUACUGUAAUCUGGUCAAUGAUUAAACCUACUUGAAUUUUACUGCCAUUUCCCCAAAGCAUUUUUUAUUAUAUUUUAUAUCUUUGAGAAGCCUCAAUGAAGAGUAAUAUAAUAUCACCUUUCUGCAUAGUUGUAUUAUCGUUUAAAACUUACAGUGAUUUGACAUUGUUUUGUUUUUUUCAUACUUUAAGCUAACUUUGAUUUUAGAUAAAAGAAUUGCCAUGUAACAUGUUACUACUGAGGUUGUCAUGAUAUUUGAUUGGAUAUAUUUUUUGAAACCUUUAUUAUCCCUUAGUUUUGUAAUAUGAGAAAUAUAUCUGUUAACUUACACAGACACUUGUUUGUACAUGAAUCUCUUCAGGACAUAAAGUGCCAUAUGUUAUUGUUAUUUUAUCACUUCUUCAGUGCCCUUUUAUAUCACUGUUUCUAGUUUUAAAGACUGAAUUUUCUGUUGUUUUGACAUUGUUAUAUUUGCAUAGAAUAUUGCAAAUUUCACAACUCAGAAAACAUUUUAGUGGUGUAUUUUGUUUUACAAAAUGUAAUUGCAAAUGGAAUAUUUCAUUUUAUUUUUAAGGUCAGUGUGAAAAAAUGUUGCUUAAUAGGAAUACUUUAUUAAUACAGUUGUAGUUUUUACAAAGCUUUUCUUUUUGUAACAAUUCUUCAUCCACCAUCAAAGCUAGAAAAUCGCUAUAUGACCUAUAAUUGUGUUGGUGUGACUUUAAACCCAACAACAAAUAAUGUCAUUUAAAGGCCUUAUUACAUCUAAAUUAAGUUACAUCAAAAUGCAGAUUACCAUGUGUUUCAGCUUGAUGUGUGAGGAGGAAGAAAUCAGUAUGUAUCAUUUAUGAUAAAUUUUGAAACUUCCUCUCCAAGUUCUUGGUCUACCAUACUGAUAUUCUCUUAGUUUUUAGCUUGACUGUAUAUGUCUGCAUCUGCACCCAAUACUUGGUUAAAGUUUUGAUGCACUUUGAUUUUAUCAGUGAUACAAUUUGAUGGAUUUUAGCCUUUUACUAAGAAUUUCAGGUUUUGAUGCACUUUCACCCUGUCUCUGUUGUUACUAGAUGAGUUUGAUUUUAUUAAAUUUCAGUUGUUCCACCUCAUUGCAAACAUCAUGUUACAAGGUCUAUGAACUGUAGCUGUGCAUGACACAUUUUAAUGGGAUGGACAAAUGGGAGUAUCCAUACUUACUUGAAUUCAUCUUGUCAGUUUAGAAACUUCACACAUGAGAUUUUUGUUUCCUCAGACAAAGCAGUAUUGUGGGGGGAGGGGGGGGGGGGGCCUAUUGCCCAAAUGAUAGCUCUAGUUUCCUCAGGUACUUUGAAGUCAUUAAUAUUCAUGGGGGACAAAUUUUCAUGGUUGAGUCAAUCCACGAAAUUUAAUCCCAAGGAACAAGUAAAAUUUCCAUUCAUUUUAUGUUCAAAAGUUAAAAGCCAUGAAUUCAUAGCCCCGCGAAAUUCCCAUUUUGACCAAAACCUUGAAAUUUCAUGCCCACGAAAUUAAAUGAUUUUACAGUAUGCGAUAAUUCACUAUUCAGCAUCAAAAUAAUGAAACAGUUUUUUCCCAGACAGUUACUGUUAAAAUAUUAAAGACACAUAUUUGUCAGACAUGCAGACUUCCUACUUAAGUACAUAACUAUUUUGCUGCCUUCAGUAUUGAAUUUACAUAAAAGUAUUUUUCUUGUCAUUCAGAUGUACUGGUAUAUAUUUGUAAUAUAUCGUAAUACAUUCUGAUACACUUAAAUAUUGUUUUGUGUGAAUGUAGUCUAUGGUUACGGAGAGUUUGUGAUGCAAAAGGUAUUGUAAAACUUGUUUUAACAAUUGGCUUAUUUUGUAUAUUGUUUAUAUUUUCUUGCAUAUUUUAUGUUUGUUAUAGUUUUGUUAACAGGUAUAACAUUAAAAAUACCUAAGCUUU